AUCUCCAUGGAUAAAGACGUCUUCAAGUUCCAACUUCUACAUACGUCUUUCUAACUUUUAUUUUGCCUCGCUCUCUCGCUCUCUCUCUCUCUCUCUCUGUCUCUCUCUCGAAAUCAUUUUCACAGGUUUUCUUUCUGAUUUCUCUUCCUACCUCUCCCAUGGCUCCUCUUUCCUGCGAUUCUAUCAACCCCCGAGAUAUUUGUAUCGUGGGUGUUGCUCGUACGCCAAUGGGUGGCUUCCUUGGUUCACUUUCAUCUUUCUCGGCUACCCAACUCGGUUCUAUAGCGAUUGAAUGUGCCCUUAAGAGGGCAAAUGUUGAUCCGUCUCUUGUGCAAGAGGUAUUCUUUGGAAAUGUUCUCAGUGCAAAUUUAGGGCAAGCUCCUGCUAGGCAAGCUGCUUUGGGUGCUGGUAUACCAAACUCUGUUAUUUGCACCACUAUUAAUAAAGUCUGUGCAUCCGGCAUGAAAGCUACAAUGAUUGCAGCGCACACGAUCCAGUUAGGAAUAAAUGAUGUUGUUGUUUCUGGUGGUAUGGAAAGUAUGUCUAAUGCGCCCAAAUAUCUCCAAGAAGUAAGAAAAGGGUCUCGAUUUGGAAAUGAUACUGUUGUAGAUGGUAUGCUUAAAGAUGGUCUUUGGGAUGCUUACAACGACUUUGCCAUGGGUGUUUGUGCUGAGAUAUGUGCCAGCCAGUAUUCCAUUACAAGAGAAGAGCAGGAUGCAUAUGCUAUUAAGAGCUUUGAGCGAGGACUUGCUGCACAAAAUAAUGGUCUAUUAUCCUGGGAAAUAGCUCCGGUCAAGGUUCCUUCCGGAAGAGGGAAGCCAUCUUCAAUUUUUGACAAGGACGAAAGCCUAAGACAGUUCGAUGCUGCAAAACUAAGAAAGCUCAGGCCAAGUUUUAAAAAGGAUGGUGGUACUGUUACUGCUGGCAAUGCUUCUAUCAUAAGUGAUGGUGCUGCUGCUUUAGUGCUGGUGAGUGGGAAGAAGGCGCUUGAACUUGGUUUAGAAGUAAUUGCUGUAAUUAAAGGAUAUGCUGAUGCAGCUCAGGCUCCUGAAUUAUUUACAACGGCUCCUGCCCUAGCUAUCCCAAAAGCUAUCUCAAAUGCUGGUUUACAUGCUUCUCAAAUUGAUUAUUAUGAAAUUAAUGAAGCCUUUUCCGUCGUGGCUCUUGCCAAUCAGAAGCUGCUUGGUCUUGAUCCUGAUAGAGUUAAUGCUCAUGGGGGAGCUGUAUCUUUGGGACACCCAUUGGGCUGUAGUGGAGCUCGGAUUUUGGUCACAUUGUUAGGGGUACUAAGACAGAGAAAUGGCAAGUAUGGGGUUGGUGCUGUCUGCAAUGGUGGUGGAGGAGCAUCUGCUCUUGUGGUUGAACUCAUAUUGCUUAUGGGAGUUGGUGUCCUUUUCUUCUUCUUUAUAAGAAUGACUGGGCUAUUUAUCUGUAGAAACUACCGAGUAGCCUACUAUGCUUGACAUUGAAAAUUUUUAAGCAUUUCUUCGAAGGUAAUGAGCUGAAAUGUUUUUGAGAUUCCAUUUUCUUUUGGAUUGGAGACCUUUUUUUGUCUAUGAAAAAACUGAUUCUUAAGUUGGCAUAUCAUAUUUGGCAUUAUACUUAAGUUAGAUAUGGUCAUGUUUAAAACAUUUUUAGAAACAUCAUGUUUAGCCGAUAACGUUGUUUUCAAUAUGACGGGACGUUUUUAGAACUGGUUCUUAAGUUUAAGCAAUAGUUAACACAUGGGAUUAAUUUCUUUUGUAGCUUGUUCAUGUGCCUUGUUCCUUGUGAAAGUCCUGAUUGCAACGCUGUAGAGAUAUUAUUUACCAGAUGCUUCAUAAUUCGACUUCCUUUUACUACU